GGUCUACUUCCGGUCCCGUUGUCAACAGAAGAGGACCACACGUGCUGUCAAUCACUAAAAAUGCCGAAGGCUCAUAAAGCACACGGAAAAGCCCCGGAGAAGGUUGUUCACCCGUACAGCAGGAAAGCUGCUUACCUCGCCCGGGAAGAAAUCCGACUGAAAAAGAAAGAAAGGCAGAAGAGUGACAAAGCAACCCGUCUGAGCAGCAUCGGUGAGAAGCUGUUGUGGUUUCAGGAACAGUUGGAUCCAGAAAAGACAACUUACACCAAAAAAGAUGCCUGUGACCUCGUUGAAAGACACCUCCAAAGGUUUGAUUCGGAGCUUGAGCAGAUAGAGCUGAUGAACGGCAUCAAAGGCCGGCAGGGUCGCCUCCAUGGGGCCAGAGAGGCUGUCAUCAAACAGACCGUCGAGCGAGAGCGAGCGCUAUAUGAGGGCGUCGGGUGUGAGAUUCCAGACAUCAUUAAUGCAAAGAAUCUGAAAACAUUCAGGGAGUGGACUGGCGAUCUGAAGAAACUUCCAAAUUUGAAACUGCGGAAGGUGUCGAACAAAGAUUUGGAAACGAAGAAUGAAGAAGAGGAUAAACGUGAUGACGCAGAAGAUGAUAAUGAGGACGAUGAAGAUGAUUUGGAUGAUGAGCAGCUGGAGUUGAUGUCGGACUUAAACUGAGCCUCUUCCUGUUGGACUGUAGCUCAAAGCUCCAUUUGUUCAUUCAGCCCAACUGACCAUGGAGCUGAACAUCAGACGGACCUCAGAAAAUACUUUUUCUAUAAAGUGUGUUUUUGUGCUGCUGCUCCAUGCUUGUCCAGAAGAUGGUGCUGAACUCUCAAAGAUGUCAAACUAAAGUUGUAUCAUCUUUUUAAAUUCUUCUUGUUGCUCAGUAACUUCACACCAGCCUGUGAAGGGUUCUACAUUCAUUGUUUAUUGCACAAACAAAUAUGAAUUGUAUGUAACCUAAACACUCCAUUUUAUCCAAUCGGAGAUAGAAAAAAAAAAAGGUUUUGACAAAGCUGUUGAGUGCUCCAAUGUCGUGGGGGCUAAAAGACACGAGAGAUUUUCUGUGACGUGACAGCGACACUGAUAAAACACCAAAUUAAACCUGUAGAAAAGUAAAUAAGUGUACACAACAGUCGCCUUUUUUAGACAGACUGGUCAGUCACGCACACAGUGUGUCAAGUCUGAUGUAAAGCCAUUUAUGGAAGGCAACCAUGAAUGAAGUUACAUUAAUGUGUAAAUAACACAACCUCAUGAAGCUGCAAACUGUCAAAACAAUGUCAUAAAUAACUGGGAUACUUUAGAUUUGCUAUUUUAAGAAAUAGUCAACUCUCCUACGAUAAUAAAUAAAUUCAUCUUUUUCAAACAUUACAUUUUUCAGACUGAGCUAAAUAAAGGUUUCUCUACU